UGUACGACCUCUAAUUACGAUUAAUUCCCUGCCCGAGUUUCGAGUCCGCACCCAUUCGUCUGUCUACCGAUUGUCCUCCCAAGUCCCGAGAGCUCGAGUGCUGUCCAUAUAAUCCGCUGUCGAGCUUCUCUAUUGUGCCUUCCCGAUACCGCCCUACUUUAUACGUUGUUCCGGAUGUUUACCAGGAGCUUACUAUCAGUCUUAAAAAGUUGUACCUUGGAUUGAUGCAAUCUUCUUUUCCUGGUACUUGGUCCUCGAAGCAUCUCGUGCAGAAACAAACUUCUGCUUCAUCGCACCUUCUUUUCCUGGAACCUCAGAGCCCAUUCUCUGGAUGCAGCUGCCUUAACUCUCGAAACCCUUUGACGCAGGGCCUUUCCAGGUAGGCUUGCCUGCCUUGAAAGAGCUGCUGUCAACCUCCAUUCUCCUUGGAUCCUCAGCCCACCUUUCAAGAUGGCGUUGAUUCUCCCCAAGGGAAUUGUCGUCAACUCGCCACACGUGCAGGGUGACAUCGAGAGGAUAGAUGCUGAACCUUUGGACGAAGCAGACAUUGCUAAAGUCUGGAAAGUAUACACCACAACUCAGCGAAGACUCCUCGAUCCGACAGCAGAGCGUCUAGAGAACUUGUGGUGGCGCAUAUGGGGCAGUCCUAAGAAAAGUCUGAAAGGGGCAACUGUUGCACGCCUCUUUGCCCAGAUCUCCCACGGCCAAACCUUUGUACCACUGAGAGGACCCCCAAAUCGGCACGAAGGUAGCCCGCCUUUGACCACGAACAGCCGCCAAGGGCCAGCAGCAUCGAGUACCAGCAAUAUUCGAUACCCAGCUCACAGUCGACCAAGUACAACUUCAUCGUCUGUGGCAUCACGAGCACCAGGAUCUAUGCCGCACCCCAUCUUGAAGAAAACCAGAGGCCCAUCGAGUACAGGCCCACGCCCAACCGCACGUUUUAUCUCACCCCACGAGUCACAAGACGAAGCCGAUCGAGCUUCAUCAGUCAGUCCUAAUACGCAUGUCACUGUCCAACCUCCGUCACCCUCACAAGAAUCGCAAGAGCCCAAGACUGAUAAGAAAUCUGCUGCUGUUCAGACUAAGAAAACUUUUCUAGCAUCGACGAAGAAGAAACGGCCUGUGAUAGUGAGACGUCAGAGUUCCCAAACCUCGCAAUCAUCCGCAGACAUCGCUGCUGCUAGUGCUGGUAGAGCAUCAGAAUCUGGACAGUCAUCCUCAGCAAUUCAGUCUUCUUCUGAACGUACCCCUCCUACAUUUACGCAGCAGGCUCGCGGUCAAGCACAGUCUAAAUUCCAAGAAAACUUCUCCUCGUCUCUGCAACGGUCUGGUGGAAGUACUCAGUCAACUAAAAAGCAGACUUCACGAAGUACAGACAUCAAACGCGCACCACAGCGAGGCAAAGGUACAGAAGUACAUACCGAGACAGAUCUGGCAGGCGACCCUGGUCCAUCGAAACAGCUUCAACGGAUCGAAAAUCUCCAAGAACAUGUUGAUGAGUUGUCUGCUGAAGAGCUCGAAGAACUUGAACUCCAAAGAAUGCUUCUGGAGCAGGCGAAUGCACGGGUUCGAAAACAGUCACAAACUACUCAAGCUACUCAAACGCCUUCUCUUUCAGAAUCUGCCCACGAAGGACUACGCAUAGUACAUAACUCACUUAGGUCAAGGCCGAGUGCAUCGCAUGGUACCGAAGGACCAAGCGCCAUGGGUCUUUUACAACACGAUGCGAAAGGUGCUACUAGUGCAGCGCCUACACUUACGGAUGCCAGUGGACACGUCAACCUAGGCAGUGUUGGCCAUCAGCAAGGCCGGUCUUUAGAUAGCAAUGUGUCUAGAACAGCAGGUAAAGGCAAGGGACGAGAUCCGGACGAGGUACAACGAAAUUCAAUGUUUGCGAAACGGCCAGUACAACCAGUACAAUUACCAUCGAGCCCGGACACCAGCGGACCAUUGAGUCGAAGCAAGAGUCAACUGACUCUACUAUUGGAGAAAGACCGAGAGCGAGGUGGUGGAAAGAAGCCAGAUAAGGAGCAAAGUCAAGGAAAGAAGAAGUGAAACAGCGAAUUAUUAUCUAAUUGUGUCUUAUAUCGAAGGGCAUAGUACGGGAUGGUGUUAGGGCGGAAAAGCAUCUGAGCGAUUUUUUAAACAUUCACGACUGCUAGUUGUAUCAUAAGGGCUCGGGUCUGGGCUUCAUGAAUAGUUGUUUGAAGUUUGC